AUGAACACUGCAAGAUCCCUUCAGUCCUUGAACAGAUUGGUCUCAGUUAGACACUUUCACCAAGCAGCACCUGCCUUAUCUCAUAUUGGUCGACAAUCAAUUGCAUUUUCCCGAGACAUCAAAAUAGAACAUGAUUUAACACCUAUCAUUGAACCCCGUAUCCCUUCUGAACUCAACAAUACUCUCUUGACUGUAACAGGCCCUCUUGGUAAAUUACAGUUGCCUAUCAAACCCUUUGUCAAGAUUGGUAUCACACCUGCUGCUGAAGAUGAUGCCAAUGCCGAAAAUAUGCUUCAAGUUGCUGUUGAGAAUGACCAAGUUAAGCAACAGCGUGCUAUGUGGGGUACUACACGCGCCUUGAUCAACAAUGCUAUUGUAGGUGUAUCAGAUGGAUAUAAAGUGCAUUUGCGUCUAGUAGGUGUUGGUUACAGAGGUACACUUGAGAACAAUAACAGAGUCUUGUCUCUCAAGUUGGGCUACUCCCAUCCUAUCCAGAUGGAAUUACCAGAGGGUGUUACUUGCUCAGUGCCUGCACCUAAUCGUAUUAUUCUGCAAGGUAUCAACCUUCAACAUGUCACUGAAUUUGCUGCUAAAGUGCAACGUUGGAGAAUGCCUGAACCUUACAAUCAAAAGGGUAUUUUCAUUAAUGAUCAAACAAUCAAAAAGAAGGAAGGCAAGAAGAAAUAA